AUGAGGAGCCAGAUGGAGUUGUCAUUUACAGUUCCUGAUCCGAGGUUCCCUGCCACCGACUCGAUGGACACCGACUUCUGCGAGGAGGUCUUCGAGUAUCAGCAGUUUUCAUCAUGCAGGCGAAUCGCCAACCGGGUUGAUUCUGAUUGCUGGUCAAAUAAGGCCAUGGUCGAUUCGCUGCGAACAAACCAAGCAGACUUGCAGAACGAAAACUCGUGCAAGAACGACAUCUUCGUGGUGAAAAGGAUGCUCGACCAGUGCAGAAUCUUCCAACUGCCCUGA